AUGCCACUGCUUCACUUUUUCAAGGGUAAGGUAGUGACGUACAUCAUCGAUGUCGCCCUCUUGGUCGUGCAAGACGAACAUGUCGAAGCCGGCCAGGGCUCUCUCGAGCGGCCGCGGACCCGAGUAUGGCUGCUGAAACUUGGACCAUUCCUUGACGGCAAUGCUCCGGUGGAUGCUGCCCAGCGCCGCGUUUGCGUAGUACCUCCUAGCCAGUACAUCUUCUACAGACUCGUCGACGUGGCAUUGCUCCAGGAGAAUAUCCUUGGCAUCGUAGCCCAGUAA